AUGUUCCUAUACUUACUAAUAGGUUCAGCUGUUGCUGCCUAUCUCGGAGUGCUAUUUAUGUUGAACAGGGUCCCCUGGAUCUCUGUUAAGUCUUUAGGAUGGUUUUGCUUGAAACACGUUGAAAUUAAUGCCGGUAACAGUCACGUAUACAUCCAUCAAAUUAAGGUUCGUUUUAAUCUAUCAAAAUCCAGAGAUUCUCCCUAUAAGUUAUUGAACUUGGAGUUUCACGAUGCCACUGUAUCGAUUGAGAAGGCGACUCAAACUUCAACCGAAGCGGCAUCGAUUGAUGAAGUGGCCAAAAAUUUUCGAAACAAGUUGAGUGUUAGCAUUCCCAAGAAAGUUUAUGAGUGGCUUAUACAAAAUAAGAUUAUAAAUCAAUUUAGUAUUGAUCUUUUCCGAUUGACCGUUGUUCAUCAGGUAUUGAGUAAGAAAAAUUCGGUUUACUUUGAAUAUAUUAGGCUAGAAAAUCAUUUCGAUUCCGACGGUUCAAAUAAGUUAAUUGCAAACAUUUUCAAUGGUGUUCUUCAUAAUGAAUCUUCAGAAAAAACCGGUGGUGAAAUUCGUUUAUGUAGAAACGUUGGGAUAAGCGUCUCCUGGGAUACCGUCUUUGCCUGUGAUAAUUUGGAUAAGAACACUAUAUUGGUGAAUCCUCAAAAUUUUGCUAUGAAUUUGGCCAUAGCUCAAUUGACCAUCCCGUUGAAUACUUUGAAUUUACUUUUUGAUAAAGAGGAGUCGAAAACCAAUACAAAAAGUGAUUCUACUAAAAUAAAAUAUUUACCUUAUGAUGACUUGAACGAAUUUUAUCAACUAUUCAAACAAUUGGAAAUAAGAUUAUCUGAUUUAACCGUAUACGAUGAUAAUUACAAAUUACUCCUUUCAACAUUCGUGAUUGCUUUAGAUCAUUCAAUCAAUCCAAAUAUCUCUAAAGAUUCAAAACUAUCAUCCAGCUUGACUUCUUUGAGUCUAUACCAUUUGGAAUCCAAAUUUUUUGAACUUCCUUCUGCGAAUUUAAAUCUACAAUUAGAUCCUUUGAAAUUGCCCUCAAUGCUUUAUCGCAUGCAAAAUGAUUCAAAUUCAACUUUCAAUGAUUAUCCAUCUCCAUUAAACAUGUCCAAUACCAUAUCAUUUACAAAUCCAAAUAUUGAUAUAUAUUAUGAUCAAUUAGAUUUAAUUCUAUCUAUUCUAAGUAAUAAAAAGACUAAAAAUGAUACUUCCCAGCCUUCAGCUUUUAACCCAAAAGCUUUUUUGAAAUCAUUACUUUCAAUGUUUGAACUUCUCUCUAUAAAGUUGAUUAUGGGUGAUUCUGAUUUAAGAAUACACCUUCCAAUUCCUGGAAAUCAUGAAUUUCAUCGUGAUUCUUUGAAAAAUCUUCAAGUAAAAUGUACUCUACUGGCUUUUAUUUUCAAAAUUUUAGCUAAAGAAACAAAUAAAUUACUUGAUCCAAAAGACUCUUCCCCGUCAAUUGCUAACUUUAGAACUUUCCUCAAAUUAUCAAAUUUAAAAAUUGAUGCUGCUGAUAACUUUUUACACAUAUCAAAAUUUAAUAUGCAUUGUAUUUAUUCUUUGAUAACAGAAAAACUCUCAAUUAAGUCCUUAAUUAGAUACGUUAAAUUGAAAUCUGUUAAUGAACUGGUUUUCCAUAUAUUCAGACAACUUAGAAAUUGGAAGAUUUCUCAUUUCAAUGAAGCUUGUUCGAAUUUAGAUAAACAAGAUAAUUUAAGCUUUGACAAAAAUGAUGGUCCGCAAAAUAUCGAGUAUCUUGAAAUUUUCGAAGCCCUUCCUGAUACUCUUGCCAGUGUGAAAGUAGAUAUCACAGAUAUCCACGCUGACGUGAUUUGUAAAGAUCGGUUACCUAAUUAUUCCCUUUAUGACGAGGAAUUGGAUGAAAACGUCAACCUUGGUGAUUUUAAAAGAGGUGUUGCUUAUAAACUUGAAGAUAUAAGUUUCAUUUAUAAAAAGCCACAAGAAGAAAUAAUGGCCAACAUUAAAUCUGUCCAGUGUUUUACGUUAAGUGAAUAUGUCACAGAAUACAUCCCUGGAUUUGAUCAAGUCGCUGAUUCUAACACACUUUAUGAUAAUGAAGAAGAUGAUUUUGGUGAUUUAUCAAGUUUAGGAUCGAGUAAUUCAAAGAUUGAAGAUAAAUCAGACUUGAAAAAAAUAAAAAAAGUUAUGACAAUUAAAGAUAUAUCUGUGAGUAAUAGGGAAAAAGAUAAAAACAAAUUAAUUGUAACAAUUCCUGAAGUUAAUGGACGCUUCGACAUAUUUCUUCUUUGGUGUACUGUUUAUGCUAAAACAUUAUUUAGCUCGGCUCCAUCAGUUGAAAAGAAAUUUUCAAAUGAAGAAGCUAGUGCUUUAGGCAAAUCAAGGACUAAAGUGAAAAUUGAUCUUUUGGUUGAAUCAGUUGCUAUUGUAACGAGACUUCCUAAUAGUGUUGAUUGUUUACUCGAGCUUGAUUCCGUUUCAGUAAGUGAUAUGAUGAUGUUUAAAUCCGCAAACUUUAGAUAUAUACGGCUUUACGUCAUUCAUCCUUCUACAAAGUUGUGGUCAAGAUUGUUGACAAUUACAAACCCCAAUGUUGCAUUUGGCUUCAAUGAUGCUGGUGAGCUUUUUGUAAAUGUUCACUCUACAACCAUGAAAUUAACUAUUCCACAUCAAUUUCUAUUCUAUACAAUCAUAGAUAAUAUAAUCACUUUUGCUAAGGCUGUUCGUCAAAUCUUAUUUAAUUUCAAAAACCUUUCAGAUGGAAAUAAUAACUUUUCAAGAAUAUUGCCCGAGGCUAAAAGCUCUUUGAAUAUACCAAAUGUUAAUAUAAAGUCUGGUGUCAUCGGUCUAGUAAUGGAAAAUGAUGCCUUUGAAACCGAACUUUCUUAUAUCAUUGAAUUAGGCCUCGUUGAACAAAAGAAUAGGUUGGAAAAGAUGAAAGCCUUCGAAAAACACUCAUCCACAAUCCGAGAACGUAUUAAGAAGGCACCGGAAGACUUGACUUUCGUGAAGCUGGAUAAUAAAAAUCUUAGGCAUAGCAAUUCUACUAGCUCGUCCACCCCAAAAGUGAAUAGUCCUCUAAGAAAAGAGUUUAAUGAUUCAAGUGAUAAUAAUCACUCUUCGACUUUCAAAGAAAAACUUUUCAAACAUAAAAAACAUAGAGCACCUGUUAAGGCUGAUGAAGAGAUUGAUGCUCAAGAAGACCUUCUUACAGAAGAAGAAGCAAGUAAGAAGAUUGAAGACAAAUUGAAUUUAUUAUUGAAAGAAAUGUCAUCAAGUUGGAUCACUAAAUUCAAGAAAUUCCGCUCGGUUAAAAUAGCUUCAUGGAAUCAUCGUGCCGACAGAGUUUGGGGUGAAGAUAUAAUUAACCCAUUGGUUAUCGAUUCUUUUGAGAUCCAGGACUAUUCAUCAGGACCCGAAUUAUUUGGUGCAGUUGUUCAUGGCCUAGACUUAAACAUUACAAAGGCCCAUUUGGAUGACGUUCACGAAUUUUUAUUCAAAUAUGCUAAAGGUCAACCGAAGGUUGACUAUUCCAUAUUGAUACCGCUAUAUGUUAAUCUAAGAGCUGUUUCAUUGUAUAUGUUUCUUCGAGACUACCCUUUGCCGUUAAUUUCAUUCCCUAGAGGACUGAAUCCCAAUGAACCGACUAUGACUUUAAGUGGUAAUUUUGUUAUUAAUGAAAAAUUGGUUACGCAUAAAGAAGAAAUGAGAUACAUAUUCGUUCCGUUUUCACCUGCUGCUCCAACAAGUGAUAUAGACCAUGAUUGUUUUUAUUCAGUUUUUAUACCACGUACUUUAACUCCUGUUAAGGUUGCCAUGGAUAUGAAGUGGGACAUUAAGACUAAUCGACCUUGUAUCUUGAGUUGGUCGAAAUCCUAUCAGGCAUCCUUACUGGCAACAAUGUCUUCUUUUGAUAACUUCACGAAGCCGGAAAUCGAUGAUAGCCCCCUUGGUUGGUGGGACAAAGCUUCCUUGAUACUACAUGGAAAAAUGGUUUUUAAUAUUUCGAAUGAGUUGUAUCUUCAUAUCAAAAGUUCCGGAAGUCCUUAUGACAUGGUGGGUAAAGCUGCUGGAUUCGUGUUUUGCUGGAAGAAUAAUAUUAGCUUGAUGAUUAAUGAAGGCGGUAAGCAUGACGAGCUCAUAAAAUUAGAUUCGGAGGAUUUUCUACUUGCAAUCCCAGACUAUUCAUUAGCUGAAAAGGGGACGUGGUCUUCUUUCUAUGAGGAGCUUGAAGCGGACCAUGCUGGCCCUUAUUCAAUUUUAAAUAGGUUCAAGAAGAGAGUUAUGAAGCUUGCGAGUGACGAGAGAGUACGCUGGAAAUUGGGUUUCCUUUUUGAAAGAAAUAAGUAUGAUACAACCGAGUUAUCAGAUAGCCAGAAAAGAAUCAACACAUUCAAGCCUCAUUACGAAGUGAUGGUGACUAACCCAGCCUUCGAUUGGCACCCCGACUCUUUUGAAGACUUUCGUUCUGACUACUUACAUCUAGCCAUAUCUGUUACUUCUACAUCAAGUAAAGGCAAUUGCUAUAAUGCUGCUUAUUUAUCUCCAAUGACAUUUCACUACUUCUUUUACUGGUGGCAAUUUCUUACCAAUUAUAUUUCUUUGCCAAUCAAACAGGGCCCUUUGUUUAAUAAUUCUAAGCUUGAUAAAUCCCACAUAAAAAUGGGUCCUCAUUUGUUCACUGUGAAGUAUCAGUUGAAUCUAGAACCUCUUUCUAUCUCCCACAUGUAUAUGCACUCAACAGCAGAAGAAAUUGACUCAAGUUAUAGAGUCGCUUUCACGGGUCUCAAGGGUCAUUUUGCUAAAUGCAUUAUUGAUUUGCAUCAAAGAAAAGAACUAGUCAGAUAUGUGAAUGAGAAAUUGGAUAUCAAUAGCUGCAUGUAUCACCUCAAACUAAACGAAGGAGAAGUUGCUGUUGAUGAAGCAGAUCUAAGGUUUAUAAACGCAACAUUUAAAGAGCAGUCCUUAAGAGGAAAUUUGGCUAGCUAUUUGUCUGGAAAACCACCUUCAACUGGCCAUAUCCUGAAAUCAAAACCUUUGAUGGAUCACAUAGAAUCUUUUGCCGAUUGGAGAACAAAUAUUGACAGACUUGAUGAGUCAUUUUCUUGGUUCGACCCAGAUGAUUUUAUCGAAUUAGAGGUUAGGGAGGUUCUUUCUCCUGAACCACAUGUUGAGAUAACUCCUUUCUUCUUUUCUCCUAAGAUUACUUAUUUUAGAGAGUUUUCUCUCCAAGAGGAUGGACCUUAUCCUUUCGGACAUGAAAGUGCUCACGAUUGUUUCCUUGGUAUCGGAAAACCUGAUGAAGCUCAGGCUAAAUUAUUAAACGAGAGAAUUUCGAAUAUUCGCCAUACCCUUAACGAAAACAGAGAAUUCCUACACAAAUUAGAGUACUCCAAUGAUCCAGAAUUCAAGCACGACAUCGAGAAACUUAAAUUAGAUAUUGAAAUCGGAGAAGAAAAAAUCGAUGCCGUUCGAAGAAUUUGGGAAGGCUUUUCCGGAAGGUUUUAUGAUGAAGACUCAGAGGAAAACAUUAGUAAGGUCGAAUCACGACCUAUUUCAGUUUACUCAAAUGAGACGUCAAUUGAGCAAGUGAGAGACAUUUCAAAUAUGAAUUCUACUGUAAGUGAAUUUCAUAAUAGAUUUAUUUUCCAUAACUUGCAAUUGAAGUGGAAUAAUAAGUUAAGGGAUCUUCUUUUGGAAUAUAUGCAAAAGGUUAGUGAUAGAAAAACUCAAGUAUAUUUUAUGAGUAAAAAAGCUGUCGAUUUAGUUGAAAGUGUGAUCAGAGAUUCUGAUGAUUAUCAUCACGAUAAACCUAAAGAGGAAAUAAACGAAUCACAAGAUUACGUUUGCAGUCAGGAUGUUAUUGAAUCAUUCGAUGAAACACUUGGUGACAUUGAUUCCGAAGAGCAGGAUAAAGAGAAUAGAUACCUUUUCAAACUUAUUCAUCCUCAAAUACAAUUAGUCAGUGAACAGGAUCCUGAUUCUUGUGUUCUUGUUACCUCUAGAGAUUUGGAAGUUAGGAUCAUAGGUGUCAAUGUAAAGGGAAUGGGCAACGUUAUAAGUGAAUCAACAAAAGUUUCAUCACUCAUUGAGACAAGAUAUGGUGUUCUCUUUAAGGAUACGCAUGUUUUCGUGUUCAAAAAGGAUGAAAGUACUGUAAUGGAUCCAGAAAUUGAGUAUGGCAUCAAAUAUAAUAAUUCUGAUGUGAACUGGCCACCUUGGUUGGAAUGUGAAGUUUGCUAUGAUAGCUCUUGGGUGAAAAAUCAAUUGGUAAUUGAGAAAAACUCUUUAGCACUUAUUUUAAAGAAACCAAAUUACUUAUUCUCUCAAAAUCAAAGCGUGGAUCAAGGAAAUGAAAUUACAGUGCAUUUGGCUAAAGUUGUUAUAAAUGCCACAUCUUUACAGUAUUCAGCAAUUUACUAUGUUAUUACUGAUUUAUUGGUCCAUGGCAAAACAGCUAGAGAUGAACUCGUUAAUCGUUUAGAUAAGGUAAUCGCCUUAUCUGAUACAAGCGACUUUUAUGGUGUUGACGUCAGAGUCAGAGAGCUUCAAGAAUCCAUAAGAAACUGUCAAAAUAUUUUGCUUAAACUUGAUUUUGAACUCAUGGAGUUUAAUGAUGAAGACAAAUCACAAAUAUCUAGCUUAGAGCUCGAAGUUGAGAGAAUGAGAAUGGAAUUGGUUAUUUUAAUGAGGGGCCUUAGUUUGAGAAGCUCCAAGCAUAGUAGUGAAAAGCAUGAGAGUAGAAAGUGGAAUAUAUUAUCUGAUCAAAUUAUUUGGCAUUUCUUAGAUGAUGAUAGAGAACCAUUUAUUGAUUUUGCAUUAGCUUAUUCUCAGUUUUCAAGGGUCGAUUCAUAUGAUGGAUCAAAUGUGAACAACAUUUCUAUAAAAAUGAUUCAAGGUUUCAAUUUACAGAGUAAUUCGAUUUAUCCGGAGUUACUCCGGCCAUGUUUAGAGCUUAAAGAAGCAGAAUCGUCGGGAACUACCUCGGAACAACCAAUAUUACAAUUUUCAUGGACAUUAUUAGAGCCAGUUGGUGGUAUUCAAGUUUUACAACAUGCUAAGCUUCAAGUGGACCCACUCAAAGUCCAACUUGAUUAUGAUACAUGCAAGUCAUUAUUUGGUUACCUCUUCCCUACUGGAAAUGAAGAAGAAGUUGAAGAUGCUGAAGAUUAUGUCGAAAGCGGAGAAAGUGGAUAUGCAGAUGAUGACGAAGGAACCACCUUUCAUGACAUUUUAACGAAAAACCCAUUGAGAAGUAUACUAGGUAAGAAUAAAACUUCAGGUGAUUCCGCAAUUAGCGAAGGUAGCAUGGAUGCAUUGAGUGAUCCUCCAUCAUUUAGAUCCGAUUCGUUAUCAGGGAAAUUUUCAUUUUCAGAGGAAGCUUCAAGCGGAUCAGAAAGAUACUCCCUGCCCAAGAGACACACUAAAUCUUCCAAAACUCUCGAUAAUGAUGAAAUCAAAGAUGAUAUAUCAGUAAUCAUGAACCGAUCUUCCAGGUACAUGUCUAUUGUUGAAAUUGAGAUUGUUCCUGUAAAUAUAGCAAUAAGCUUCAAGGCUCCAAAACAUUUAAAUAUUCUUGAUGUUCAUAAUUUGAACAUAGCUAUCCCAAACCUAAAAUAUCGAAACAAAAUGUGGUCUACUGAAGACAUUCUUCUCAAACUUCGAAAGGAUAUCAUUAAAGUUAUUAUCAACCAUUCUGGUAAGAUUUUAGGGAAUAAAUUCAAAUACAAGAAAAGGAAUAUGAUUAGCGAACCUUUGAAACAGAUUUCCAAUUAUGCAUCUUAUAUGACUAUUCAAGACCUUCAACAAGAAGGGAGAUCCCGGGAUGCAUCUAAACUCGAUAGCUUGGACAAGCAUUUGCAUCCUCGUCACCGUCGGACCCACCAUCACCAUAGCUUAAAGCGUAAGCCAUCCACUCAAUCUAGUAAUUUCAACUAUGGUAACUAUUUGAGUGAUGUUCCAUCUGAAGACACUCCCGAUAUUUCAGAUGAAGAAUAG